AAGAAAACACAGUAAACCAAUCCCCAGAGGUGUUUUGUCUUUUGGCUCGAGAUUUUUUUUAUGGGAACCAUCGUUACAGUCACUCUACCUCACAUAGGAAGAAGAAGCUUCUCAAAGCAAGGUAGCUCAUCUCCUUCUCUUCACUGGGCACACCGAAGUCUCUCAAUUCCGCUCUUCAGAAACCCUUAUUACGGGACGAAACGAAGUAAUUCUUUAAUGGCGACGUCUCUGCAGGUUUCUGCGUCUUCUUCAUUAUCAGCAACUGAUGGCAUCGUAAAUGAAGGAUUGGAGGAUUCAUCUGCAGGUUUGGUGGGGGAGAAGGACUUACUCAUCGUUGGCCCCGGUGUUCUUGGGCGACUUAUUGCAGAACAAUGGCAGAAGGAACACCCAGGAUGCUACAUUUUUGGACAGACGAUGACAAAAGAUCACCAUGACGAAUUGAUUAAAAUUGGGAUCAAUCCAAUCUUGAGGGAGGUGAAACCGACUCAUGGGUUCCCUUAUGUUAUUUUCUGUGCUCCCCCAUCCCGGACUGCAGAUUAUGCUGGUGAUAUAAGGAUGGCUUCAUCAAACUGGAAUGGUGAAGGCUCUUUCCUGUUUACAUCAAGCUCUGCUCGAUAUGAUCGCAAUGAUAAUGGACCAUGUGAUGAGGAUUCACCAGUGGUGCCUAUUGGGCGAAGCCCACGGUCAGAUAUCCUUUUAAAAGCAGAGAAAGUAGUGCUGGAGAUUGGCGGUUGCGUUCUUAGAUUGGCAGGGCUUUAUAAGUCAGAUAGAGGUCCACAUGUUUAUUGGUUGCGGAAAGGGACUGUUGAAACUCGUCCAGAUCAUGUCAUCAAUCUUAUUCACUAUGAGGAUGCAGCAUCUCUCUCAGUUGCAAUAUUGAAAAAGAAGCUUCGGGGUCGUAUCUUCUUGGGUUGUGACAACCAUCCUUUAUCAAGGCAAGAAGUAAUGGAUCUGGUAAUGAGGAGUGGGAAAUUUAGCCAAAAGUUUGAAUGCUUUACAGGGACUGAUGAUCCUUUAGGAAAGAGAUUAAAUAACUCAAAAACUCGUGCAGAAAUUGGAUGGGAACCAAAAUACCAAAGCUUUGCUCAGUUCCUUGGGCUACCAGAAUAGGUGAAGGCUUCUCUAUUAUGUUUUCUGAAGCCACUGCAAAGCCAAGAAUUCAUAUGUGCAUAACAUUUUUCUUUUGUUUAUAGUAUUAUACUACUCUUCAAAAGAUUCUGGUCAAGAAAUAUUGGCAGUUCCUUUAAGCGAUUAUAUUGAAUCUAUGUUUACCAGAAGCAAAAAUGUAUUGAAGCUAAUGCCCUUAUGCUUUUCA